CGAGUCGUUUCAACAAGAAAUAUUCUUAUCAAAACAUCAUUGUGGUACACCUGUUCCAGAUGCCGAUGUAAUUUCAAAUAGACAUUCGCCAAAGGCUGUAGACAGGGCUUCAGAACAUAAGUGUGAUAAAUGCAAAAAAAUAUUUCCAAAGAAAUUCAUUUUAAAGGUACAUUAUAGAAAGCAUACAGGUGUAAAACCUUUUAAGUGUAAAAUGUGUCCAAAAAGAUUCAUUUCAGCUACCCAUCGCAAGGUACACAUGAGAUGGCACACAGGGGAACUGCCAUAUGAAUGCAGCGAUUGUGGCAAAUGCUUUAGAAAGAAGUCGGACCUCGCAGGCCACCAUAAAACAUGCGAGAACCAAGAAAAGCAGAGAAUGAAUUGUAACCUCCAAGAGUUUAGGAUAUCCGUUAAAGAAGAACCCAUUGGAGAGGACAUAGAAGAGAUGUCAGGAGGAAAUAGAAAGAAAGGGGCUUUCAUAGAAGGAAUAAAAAUGGAGGACCCAAGUGAUGAUUGUAGCCUCAAACAAGAAUUAGUGGAAGGGGAGGAAAUCAUUCAUACUUCACAUUCUGGGUCAUUGAAAUGUAGGUAUUGUGGCCGUGCCUUCAAAUUCCACAGUGUACUCCAAGCGCACGAACGAAGUCAUACAGGCGAGAAACCAUUUUCAUGUUUGGUGUGCAAUAAAGCCUUUUCCAAGAAGAGUAACAUGGAAGUCCACAUGAGAAUUCAUACUGGUGAGCGACCAUUUCUUUGUGAUUACUGUGGUAAGUACUUUGCUUACAAGUACAGCCUGGAAGCACAUAAGCGUUUACACACCCAAGAAAGACCCUUUGUCUGCAGCAUUUGUGGGAAAAGUUUCCGACACGAAGCAAGUAGACAUGUACAUAUGAAGAGACACUUUGGAGAUCGGGCAUUCAAGUGUGACCUCUGCCCCAAGGCUUUUGUGGCGAAGGUUGAUCUGGAAGGUCAUCGUAGAACCCACACUGGAGAGAAGCCUUUUCAGUGUGAGCACUGUAAUCGUUCUUUCAAACUCAGACACCAUUUGACAGAGCACCUCAGGUACCAUACAGGAGAGAAGCCAUACAAAUGCUAUUACUGUGAGAUGACCUUCGCCCGAGCAGGAACUCGAAAGACACACAUGAAGAAGCACACAAGUAUCGUAAAGUAAAAACUAGAUUUAUUGAAGGUGAUUGUUUAUUGUCUCACCUUCAAGAAAUCUAGUUUUUACAUUGUGGGUUUUUCUACCAUAGUAUCAACACGGUAGGGUGUUUUCACCAUUCAAGUAUCAUAAAGUAAGUGGAAGGACACUGAAAGCCUAAUUCAAUAACACAACAUGGGCUUCCUGGUGAAUGUUGAAAGGUAUGCCAAAUAUUUUGCUCUGUGAUAAUUUUGCUAAUAUAUUUAGGCUAGGCGUCUCUAGUCAUUGACUGGUGGUUUGCCUGUGAAAUAUGAAUCAAAAAUUAAAUAUAUCUUAUUUUUGAUAAAGUUCUGUUAUGAUUAUGUAAAUUUAAAGAUAACAUUGAAA